AUGAAGAAACUCCAGCAGCUUCUCGAAUUGGUGCGAAACACAGCCCGCAAGGCAUCCGCCGCCCUCACCCUCCACCACGAGGGCCUCAUUCAUCACCCGGGUACUGCGGAUCUGAGGGAUAAUUUGCGAGAGCUCAAUGCAAAAGUCCGGAAAGUCAACGGAAUGUGCCACGUUGCCCUGGUCGCCUUUGAGGAUCUUAGCGCGGUCCCUGAUUCCCGCGAUUGCACGUCUGACUACUUCUAUCUGGAGACGUGCUUGUCCAUCCUUGAGAGCUUGAUCAUCGCUGUGAAUGAUUUUCCCCGGGAUCCUGGCCAAGGAGAUGGCGUCGAGGUCCAGCAGCCGCUCAUCAUCGCCGGCCAACCGGUCCUCGAGCUUUCCAAGAUGCGGUACACUCGCCAACAACUGGCCUCCGUCAUCCGCCGCUUCGAGGACUUCUACACGUGUCUCACCAUCCAUGCCAUGCACGUCGUAGUGUCGAACCGUCGCUCUGUCCAGCCCCUUUUCUCGGAUACUGCGGCCUCUCCUGGAUCGGAAGAUGAUGAGGAUCCUCAGAUGAGAUUGGCGCGCUUCUUUCUGCAGCUGAGCCUGCCCGUUCAUGAUAAUCCUCCGUCCCCGUCAUACCAUGCCGAAUGUGUAGCUGCCGAUGCCAGGAACAGCAUCAACCCAGAGUACCCAGAGGCCGCUGUUGGUUGGGUAUCACCUUUACUAAGUGCGCACUGGGAAGACUUGAAAGACCUGGUUUUCUCCCUCAUGGGAAUGCCCCUCACCAACCAGGUCGCUCCAAUUUCAUCCAAUGGCUGCUACAAUUCGCCCGCCAGUCGUGGCCCGAUCACUUUGGCGACACCUCCUUCGGCAGCCGCUCCUACGCGGCUCUGCUUGAACCAGGCCGACGUCAUCCGACUCUGCUUGCCACCCAAGAUCGAUUCCGAAGAGGAUCGUGAUUAUCUAAAUGACCUGUUGCGGAGGCUACUUGAUGUCAUCCUCGUCAGGCUACUUGAUAUUGACACAUGGGAACCCGAAACUCCAGAGGCUUUGGCAUUUGAUGGCGCCUAUAAAUUGGGAGAGAGCAAAGGCUUGAGCCUUUGCGCACCCGGCCACCAGUGGCUCGCCGAGUGUAUCUCGGACGACGCCGACUUUGAGGAUAUAGUCCGGAAUGCUGUUCGGGAAGCACCAGCUUCCCUUGUCCGUCGCUUCACGCAGGAUCCGAGAUGGCGGCCUGACAUUCCCUACGACCCACCAUCUACCGACCCGGCCAAGGCAAGUGGCGGCACGCUCCUACACUUGGCUGGUCGCACAGCGCUCAUGAAUUGUGAAACAUCUGGCGCCUUUCGCGUCUUAUUGCGCCAUGGAGCAAAUACCUCGGCCCAAGAUGCCGGCGGCCGUAACUGUUGGCACUCUGCUGCCGCAAACCAUGACGUUCCUACCCUACACAUCCUUGCCCAGGAGGACACUAAGAUGGCACAGAAUAUGAGGGUUACCAAUCUCGCCGGGAACACGCCCCUUGCCGAGGCGGUUCUGGUUACCGACGGGCUCUCGGAUACGAAGGUGAAGCUCUCUUCAAAGGGGUUAAAAGCGAUCCAGCUGCUAUGUGAUACUGCUGAUGGGGAUGAGGCCUGCUUGAAGUCCCGGGUGCCGGUCCUGCAUUCGGCCGUAAAAUGGGGAGACGCGAGCGUUGUACGGUCCUUGCUCGACUUGGGCGCGGAUGCUAAUCAACUCUGCGCGAACGGAACGAGCCCGCUGCACCACCUCAACUUUUCCACAGACUAUUCCUUGGUGAUGCUCUUAUGUGACCCCAGCGACGGGUCAUCUCAUCCGUCAUUUGCCGUCUUGGUACGCGAGGUUCUCGUCGCCCUGCUCGACAUACCCGGGGUGAGGGAGUCCAAGAACGACAACGGCAUGGGCUUGUGGGAACGAUUUUGCCGCAUCAUUGUUCGCCAGUGGGCCCCCUUGCAGGAACCGCACUACGCCAUUACCAUUGUGAGCUUGGCUGCCGAGUGGCUGGCUCAAGAAGGUGUGAUGCGCCGAUACGAGGAGGAAACGAACCAGUCGGGAAUUCCGCUCUUUCGAGACAUGUCGACCCAUAUCCCCGGCGCGUGGCCGACGGCUAGGCUGACGGAAUUGUAUCAGAGCCUGCUCAGUAAAACCAGCCGCUUAGAGUUAUUCACCAAAUCCACCACUGCUCUGAGUCUUCUCAACACCGCCGUCGUGGCCAACGCAACCCCUUUACUUGAUCUUCUUCUCGAACGCGGCGUUUCCGUGCACUCGCGAGGCAUCUCAACCGUCUCGAUAGCUCUUCUCAGGGCGUCAUUCACCUUUGGCGAAUCCAAAUGUGCCCAACCGGGAUCAGAAGCUGACGGCCUUGCUGGAGAAGGGGGCAGACCCAAACUUGAUGCGGUGGGGAAAACGCCGACCCUGGUGUCUUUUAUCCUCGAGAGGCAAAUCGAUGCCGCGCUGAUCCUUCUAGGCAAAGGCGCCGAUCCGAGCCUCCCAACCAAGGAGGGCAUGGACGCCGCGUUAGCAUCGGCGUCGCGAGGGUGCAUGCGCGUCUUGGAGAAGAUCCGGGCUAUGGCGCCAACGGACUUUAAUUGGGCGCGCACCUGCAGAUCGCACUUCACCAUUAUCCACCCCGGCGGCGCGCAAGUGACGACAACGGCAUCGAACUGCAGCGCACUCCACCUCGCGGCCUUUAACGGAUACGACCUAGUCCUCCAGUACUAUCUCAACAACUUCAAGCUCGACGUCAACUCGCAGAUCCAGGACGACCAGCGGCGGCCGAUCCACUUUGCCGCAAUCAGCGGCCAGGCGCAGGCUGUCAAGAUGCUCCUGGGACUGGACCCGCACAGCCUGGCGGACAACGAGAUGAUGACGCCCUUUAUGCACGCGCUGCGAAUCGGGUUCGUGGAGAUUAUCAAGCUAUUCGUGGAGGUUGACAAGUCGCCCGAACCCACCCCCGUUCCCGCCCCCGCCUCCGCCCCCGACAGGCAGCCGCAAGACCCACCGUUGAGGACCCGGAUGAUUGGUGAGACCAUUGACUCGGUCGUUAGAUCGGGCGACGUCCGGCACUGCCGGAGCCUGUUGUCCGUUCUGUCAAUUGAAGACUUUGCGAUGAUGCCGCUCAAGUGCGAGGGCUGCACGCCGCUGAUUCUCGCCAUCCGCGAGAACAAGGCGGACGUGCUAGAAUGGAUGCUGACCAACGAGUGCAAGGGUUUCACGGGCUCGUGCCCGGCGCACUUUCGGCGGUCCCGCCAGCUAGGCUUCGACGCUCUCAACCUCUUGUGCGAGAGGCCAAGGCUCAUCAAACUACUACCGAAAAUGUUAGAGGCGUACCUUAGGGAGGGAAUUGACUGGACGAGCGCCUGCCUGUCACCCAUACAUAUGGCUGCCAGGGCGAAUAACAUUGAUGCUAUUGACGAUAUUGUCCGGCAUGUAAAGCAUGAUGCUCUAAAAUACAGGUUGACCAAGUACAUUCUAGACCAAAGGGUAACUGGCGAUGAGAUACCAGAAGUCGCAGCGCCUGGGUGGACACCGCUUCAUAUUGCCGCGAGUCACGGAAACGAAGAAGCUCUAAAACAGCUACUUAUUCUGGGAGCAAACCCCGACGUGGAGGACGAGGAGCUGAACCGGCCGAUCCACCUCGCGGUCCGAAAUAACUUUGAAUCAUGCAAGGACAAGGCGGGAUACAUGCCCGUCGAUGACAUGGUUCUCAACUUCGACAUGCUUGGCUAUGUCAUGAACGGCCCGUUUGAUUUUGGGCAAGUUGUGGAGCUGAACAAGGGCCUCAUCUCACUUGUCAUUGAGCUGAACCGGGGCAGCGCUUUGCCUAUUCUUCAGCGACUUUUUCGGCGGCUAAGUCCUAAACAGAUCGAGAAGUUGAUCAACACGUCGCCACGCCGGUUCGUCAGUGCACUUUAUAAUGCGGUAUAUCGCGAUAUGUUUGCGGCAAUCGAUAUCCUUGUGAAGAACGGGGCGGACGUGAAUAAGGAAGGCUCCGUGGAGGGCACGCCGCUGAUAGCAGCCUGCGCGAGGGGCAGAUUACGCUCGGUGAAGAAACUCGUGUUUUACGGGGCGCGCAUCGCUUACACGAUUGAGAAGGACGGGGUGACGAUUGUGCGGGAUGCUCUCGGGAUAGCAAGCCAGUCCGGGUUUACUGAAAUACAAGACUGGCUCCUCGUGGGGCAGUAUACGGAAAAGAGAUUUGUUUGCGGGCGAGCGCCGGGAGAAGAGCUCGAUGAGCCGAUACGGCUGUGGUCAGGUCCGUGGUCGGCGGCCUACCGUCUACAGGGUAUGUUUUACGAGCACCCGCGCGAGCCGAGAGAGUCGCGCAUCGCGUACAUGAGCCGCAUGAGCGCCCUUCGACGCUCCCUGCGCGGGCAAGUCGUCCGCGUCGAGGAGCUGGUGAGAAGCGCAAGCGAAGGGGUGGCGGUCAUGCCGGCGGCGUCGAGAUGGGAUCCGGAGAGGAUGCCGGCGCGGGCGCAUGAAUCACGGUCUGAAAAGGGGGUGUGGCUGGGCCAAGUUAAGGCCUCGGGGGCAGCGCAAAUCCAAACCGCAUACUAUAUAAUGGACUUUGCGCUUGCCCCCAAACUCACCCCUAGACAGCUUGGACGGAAAGGCACGGCACAAAGGGUUCGGGACUCGGGGACAGUUGACCACACCACGAGAUCCCAGAAAGGACAUUAA